CUCUGGCACAAUUAUGACCACUUAUUGUUUACCUUUCCACAGAAGGAGAAGCCAUUGAUGGUUGACAAUAAAUGUAUUCAAUGGCGAUUAGUCCCACAUCUUUCUGGAGUCAUUAAAUAGGAACCCUUCUAUCCUUCCUGGACACCUGCGAAUUUCUGUAACACAUUUCGACCAUGGGAGAAGUUGCAGAGAGCAUCCGCGGGGAUGAGAGCGAGGAGCAGAGGAAGUUGGCGUUGUUCAGGGCCAGGGUUGACAAAGAGGACCCGGAUGCGAAGGAACACGACGACCUGAUGCUGAGAAGGUUUCUGCGGGCUCGGGACUUGAACAUCGAAAAGUCGACUGCAAUGUUCUUGAAGUACCUGAAAUGGCGACGAGAAUUUGUGCCGAGGGGUUUCAUUUCGGAAUCGGAAAUCCCAAAUGAGAUCAGAAAGGAGAAGGUGUUUGUGCAGGGCUUCGACAAGAAGGGGAGGCCUCUAGCAGUGAUCAUGGUGGGGAAACACACUUCUGAUGACAGAGACCUCGAAGAAACAAAACGCUUGGCGGUUUAUGCGAUGGACAAGCUCUGUGCUAGAACUGGUGCUCAGCAAGAAAAAUUUGCACUGAUUGGCGACUUCCAAGGUUGGGGAUAUGCCAGCAGCGACAUUCGAGCCUAUCUGGCUGUUCUUGAGAUAUUGCAGGAUUAUUACCCUGAGAGGUUGGGGAAGGUGUUCAUGGUGCACGUGCCUUACCUGUUCUGGACGGCAUGGAAGAUCGUCUACCCUUUCAUCGAUGACAACACCAAGAAGAAGAUAACUUUCGUGGAGAACAAGCACAUCAGAGAGACACUGCUGGAAGACAUCGAUGAGCAUCACCUACCCGAUGUGUAUGGAGGCAAACAGCCGCUCCUCCCCAUCGACCGCGACGCUUCUGUGAAAAAAUGAUAUCCACGUCCUCUCUAUCUCUUUCUCCAUCUGCAGGAAUAAUUUUGGAGCCUCAAGGACGAACUAAAAAAAGAAGAAGAAGAAGAAAAUCCCCUCCCCUUGUUCUUCUGCGGGUGUUGUUCCCUGCCUCAUUCUUCGUCUUGCAUGAACAAUCGGAGCACCUACCCUUUAUGUGUUCUACUUUGCUUAAGCAUGCAGGUUUAUUUCAUGGUGUUCCGUCUGUUCCCUCGCCUUGUUUUAAUCAAUAGAAGGGCAUUACUAUUAA